GUUGAAGUGAGCGUUUUUCCAUCACUCCUAAUGCAAUGCAGUAGUACACGCACGAUCUUGGGCUGGUUGUGAGGAUUCGGUGUUUAAGCCGUUUGUGGGUUGGAUGGACAACUAAUGGAUAUGAAGACGACUCCUACGCUAAAUCUUAUCGAAAUGGAUUUCGAAAUUCUUCAUCACCGAAACUUUCGCUGUGUCUGCUAAGGUUGGUAGCGCUAAUCCCUCCGCAAUACCAGCCAGGGAUCACUUCCGAAUUAUCCGCCACUGCACAUAUACCUAGUCGAAGGUGCCUUCGACAAUCAACUAACAAGUGAGGACUACUCGACAGUACGCAUGUUUUCUCACAGCAGCUCACGCGGACGGGCAGCGGUGACCCCAUUACCUCCCCAACUUAAGGAGCUCGAUGCAAAUCCUGUUAAGAAAGUCACAAAUUCUCCUGAAACGAAGAAGGGUGACGAGACCAGUCGAGAUGAUUUUCCAUUGCUGAAACUUGACAGCUCCAGCGAUGAAAUCUCGAAGAGUGAUGAGAGUGAGAGUGCAACCAUCGUCCUUCCGUCGAGAACUGGCGGUUCCUGGUGCUUUGGAAAGAUAGGAGGACUGGGGCAUAUCAUCAUUGCGGCGUUCACCUUCAGUAUCGUCUCGGUCUGCGUGAAGCAAGCCAGUCACUACGCCAACUCCCACAUCAUCGUGCUUUGGCGCAUGGUGAUCGGUCUUGCCCUGAACUGGGUGUGGAUUCAGUACAAGAAGACCAACUUGUUUGUAGAGCGGAAGGACCGCUUCAUUCUCUUUUGUCGCUGCUUGGUCGGGACGGUGGGCACUACACUGUCGUUCUACGCCAUGUCGAACAUGCCACUAACUGACGCCAUCGUCAUCAUAUUCACGUCACCAAUCUUCACCUUCUUCUUGGCGGCUGUAGUUCUUGGAGAAACAAUCGACUACGUGGACUUCGUUGGUGGACUCACGUCUUUUAUCGGGGUUCUGUUUGUCACGAGGCCGGUGAUCUUGUUCCCUUCGCAAGUGUCAGGCGGCAGCGCGCCGCUGCUCGCCAUUAUUUGCGCCAUGGGUUCGUCCCUAUCACAAGCCAUUGUAUACAUCGCGAUGCGAAAGAUGAAGGACCUCGACAAUCUGCUCGUGAUUCAUUACUUCCUCAUAUUUGGGUCCUUCUACUCGAUUUUAGUCGCUUGGGCACUCGGGGUGAAACUCGAGCUACCGACAGAGCCAGGAUUCCUAUUCUCCAUCUUUGGAUGCGCCUUCUUCUCUAUAGUGGGGCAGUGGUUCCUCACCAAAGGAUUUCAGACCGUCAAGGCUGGGAUCGCGUCCGUCAUGCGCUACUUUGAUGUGGUGUUCGUCAUGUGUUUGGACGCACUGGUGCUCGGCGAAACUGUUAAUCUCUACAGCGUGGUCGGAGCCGCCAUCAUUAUAAGCGGCGCCUCCGUCAUCGUGAUGCGCCAAGCUUCCACCAAGAAGUGA